UGUGUAUAAAUAGACCCUAGCUCCGACCUGCUGUCGAGCGUAGAACGACAGCAGUUAUCCGCUUAUCAGGGAUUUCAGUCGAGCAUGGCGUCCUUUUCUGCCGCUCUCGUCGGGCUGCUGGUCGCGAGCUGCGCCGCGGCGGCCGCGGCCACGACGUUCGACGUCGGCGACGGGCACGGCUGGCAGACCGGCGUCGACUACACCGACUGGACGUCCGACAAGACGUUCGCGGUCGGCGACACGCUAGUGUUCAACUACACGAGCAAGGCGCACACGGUGACGGAGGUGAACAAGAGCGGCUACGACGCCUGCUCCGGCGGCAACUCGCUGAGCAACGACGACAGCGGCGCCACCACCAUCACGCUCACGACACCCGGCGUGCACUACUUCAUCUGCGACAUCCCCGGCCACUGCGCCAACGGCAUGAAGCUCGCCGUCACCGUCACGGUCGCGGGGGUCUCCACGACGGGAGGCACAAUCCCUGCCGGCGCCGCCGGGGGAUCCCUCGUGCCGGCGAUGAGCGGCCUCGUCACCGCCGCCGCGGUGGCUCUGAUCGCGCUCGCGCUGUUCUGUUGAAGACCGUCGUCGACGUUGGUGAGUAUGGUCAGGGCAAAGACACCGCAGUUGGAUUCGUGUGCACGGGUAAUAAGUUCGCUGUGUUUUUUGCUACGUUUUCUGGCGCGCCACUCUUCACCAUGCAUGUGACGUGUUUGUUGGUUUGUGGCGCGGCCUGUGUGUGCCGCCGCGAGUGUCGUCGUGAUGCCUGAGCAUUCGUUGUGUGAUUGUGUGAAAUGGGUGGUAGCUAAAGUUUCAUGUGGUCAGUGUAAGCAAGUCACAGUUCAACACGCGUCCCUACACCACAACCUCUUUCUUCCUCGAAUACAUUUCCGGGUGCAAAGAAAUUAUUGUGUGCCUAA